UUCUAUUAUUUAUGAAAUUCUGCUAAAAUAUUGAUGCGAUAAGAACACGGCACUAUAAAGAGGGCGACCAGGCGGCGGCGCGGAUAGCCAGCCUCCAACACAAGGGGGCGGCGGGCGUCGCCGAGCUGCGGGUCUGCCGCCACCACUGACCUGACGCCUGCCGCCACGACUACCUGACGACUGUGGCCAUGCGCAUGUCUUCGCGGAUGUUGGUGUUGUGACGAUGUCGGUCGCCAGGUGGCGCGCUGUUCUUGUCGUUUUCCUCGCUUGUCGUCAACGUUUUCCUCACCUUUGUCCCAACCUUCCCACAAACCUCCCAAACUUCAAUGUAACGGGUCCUAGCGUGUCCCUCUGUCCUCACCUCCCUUCCCAGGUAGGUCAGUUUCUGGUGACGUCACGCACUGACCACCUGGAGGUGGGGGGUGGUGCCACAACGGCGAAGAUGUGAAAGUGGCGGGCGAGGGUUGGCAGGGAUGGGCGGAAGACAGUAGCCAGUGGACAGGUUUGAGGCGCAUCUCUGACCCUCUUCACCUGCAGAUCCCCCACCCUACCUCCACCUCCACACACUGCACCGCACGUGACAUGGCUCGUGACGAGUACAACGUGCGGCAGGGCUGCAGCAGGCACGCCAACCAUCCGCUGCUGCAGGUGGGCAGCUGUAUCGCCGAUGAGCUCGUGCGUUGCAGCACAACUCCUAGAAAAGAAAAAAAACCACCUAACCUAACGGGCAAGAUCGACAGCAGCACACUUCACCCUCUACGUCACCGCUCGUGCUGGUCUUCAACACCUUGACCUGAUGACGUCAUGCCAGAGGGUCCGUGGUGUGGCGUGUCCCUACCACACUCCUGUCGACACCUAGGCAAGUGGGCAAUUUCUUCUCUGGUCUGGACGAUGGGUUGCUGGCUCGAGCGGAGGCCAUGGCUGUGGUGGACAUGGGCAAAGGUCCGGCCCCCGGCCAUCAGCUGAUGAAGCCGGAGGGUCUGUAUGGCCACACUCCGGACUUCACGAGCCACACGGCUGGGCCAGCCAGACCCCAGAUGCCCAUGCACCCCCACGCCAGCGCCUUCGGGCCCAGCAGCGACUCCAUGUUUGAGCCGCUGACCCCCAGCAACCCACCGCCCAUGCCACUGGGACCCGUUGCCUCCAUGGCCGACCACCAUCACCACCAUCACCACAACGUGGCCGGCGUGACGUCAGCACCGCACGGGCACACGGCGCACUCCCCUCCGCAUCAUCAGAUGUACGCACCCAUGUACACCGCCGCCCACCCGUCUGCCGUCAACACCCACCCGGGCUUGCCACCCGCGCACCAUGCCAGCAUGCACGCGGCGGCACACCACCACGCGGCCCACCACCCUCAUCACCAUCACCACCAUCACCACCACCCUGGCGUCCAUGACAGCGACUGCGAUCCGCGAGAACUUGAGAUGUUCGCCGAGCGCUUCAAGCAGCGCCGCAUCAAGCUGGGGGUCACGCAGGCCGACGUGGGGUCAGCUCUGGCCAACCUGAAGAUUCCCGGCGUGGGAUGUCUGUCGCAGUCCACCAUCUGCCGCUUCGAGUCGCUGACCCUCAGCCACAACAACAUGAUCGCCCUCAAGCCCAUCCUCAUGACAUGGCUGGAGGAGGCCGAGCGCCAGGCUCGCGAGCGCAAGACGGAGGAGAGCGGACUCAACGGCGAGAAGAAGAGGAAGCGCACGUCCAUCGCGGCGCCGGAGAAGCGCAGUCUCGAGGCCUACUUCGCCGUGCAGCCCAGACCCUCCGGCGAGAAGAUCGCGCAGAUCGCCGAGAAGCUGGACCUCAAGAAGAAUGUGGUGCGCGUGUGGUUCUGCAACCAGCGCCAGAAGCAGAAGCGCAUGAAGUUCUCCGCCAACAGCAUGGCGCAUCACUGACCUUUGACCCCUCUCACUCUCUCUCUCAUCUAGUCUUGUUGGGAGAAGUGGACACUGUAACCACAAAUCACUUCUUUGUCAGCUGGACUCCACGCGAUAUCUUGAGCGCGCGCGUGUGUGUGUGUGUGUGUGUGAAAGUCACUUUUGUUUCCGAUCAGACCUUGACCUUUUUGUCGUCACUGUCGCUCUUGGCUCAAGAGCCGGUAACUGUAACGUCACUUGAGUGACGACCUCACCGCGACGGUUGCUCUCUUGUGGUCACAUGCCAUUGUGAGUGCCAGGUGUAGGGGUGGGGGCGGGUGGGGUGCA